AAAACAUAACGCCCCUCUUCGUGGAUCCCAAGCACAUAUAAGCGUGCAAGAAAUACAAAAAAGGGGCUUACCUCAUCGACUACAAUUCACAAACGACACACUGACAAAGUACUUCAACCACAUCACCAUAAUGGACGUUGACCCGCAACAUUACGAUAAUCGGAUCGAAGGUGGACUUUACGACAAUAUUGUUCGACAGCUGAUCGCGCUCCCAAAAGGCAUGUCAUUAGGAGAAGCUACCUAUAAAGAUGACUUCGUGAGAGACAGCAAUGUCCAGACGGGGAACUUUGCAUACAAAUGCAAAGACAACGGAUUGGAAUAUGAAACUGUGCUCGUAGGCGAGAUACUGCCCCGUCCGUGUGGCACCAAGCUGAGUGCUAUAGGCAAUCAUUACAUCGGAACAGCAGACACCAUGAGUGAUGAUAAACAAUAUACUGCAUUGACACUUACCAAACUAAUCAAGCCAAACGUGAUUGAUGACAAAACUCGAGUGAAAGGCAUUCUCGUGUUGGGACAACCGACACAGGCUACUGAAAUGAUGUAUGUCAUGUUUGGCAACCAGAUCGCUACUCCGGACGACAUCAUCCAAAGCGACAUCAAAGAGCUAAAGAGAAAGAACAAAGACAUCAACAUAAAGGAAUGGACUGCGCAUGCUGGAACCGACCAAUCAGGUUUGCCAGAGUACAUCAUAGUCAACACAGAGCAGCGUGUCCUGCUAACGAUUUCCAAGGUACCAAGAGCAGCGCAGCAAGCCAUGCAAGGCAAGCGCGCGAGGGUGCCAAAGAAAGAACUCGCCAAAAACGAUGAAAGCGCGGAGGGCAAGACUGCCGGAGGAACAUCAUCUAAUGAUGUAGAGACCAAAGGAAACCCCGGCGAAGCUGCAAUCACAACAAACACAUUUUAUGAGCCUACCAUCCUCCCGGAUUAUGGGGGAGACUUAUUUCAGCAUGUCAACGCCAAACUGCGUCAACUGGAUAUCAGGAAUGUCAAUAACGACCUCAUCGCGCCUCAGGAAUGGUACUCUAGUCUCAAAUGUGGAACGCUGGUCAUGAUCAGAGCCACUUUGCACGAUUUUAAUUGGAAGGAGCGCCGGGUUUAUCAGCUAAACGCGCAUACAAUUCGCGUAAUGGAUCCAUCUAACUUGGAGGUAGAGCCAAUCAGUUCACGACCCAAUGGUUUUGAUUGUGGCGCGAACGCAUCAUCCUCUAAAUCGCGUGCAUCAGAUGCCAUGGCGAGGGUCCAGUUGAAAAAGAGAAAGAGGGAGGAUUAGAUAACGAAGGACGUCUCAAGCAUAAGAUUGAAUUGACUGGAAUGGUGCGCUGUAUGAAGAACUGUAUGUAUCAGUAGUUUCAGGACAAACAUGAAUGAAAGAAAUACAGACGACGUAGUUCUAUCCGUCGUCAACACUCAAUUUACAACUUCGAAUCGAGAUUGUUUGCGCGAACGUUGAAAAAACAAAUUACAGUUAUCGUGAGUCGUGGAGGUCAAAGCAUGAAGGGUUGGAUAAUGAAACGUAUCAUAUUCCCUAGUCGAGGGAUACGGAUAAUUCUAGAACUUCCCAAACA